CGCGUAGCGACCGCGAGCGCUCGUCCCGCGGCGCGCCUCCUCCCUCCGUCCCUCUCUUGCAAGUCUGUGUUAGCGUCUGUGGGAAAGAAACGGUGGAAAAUCUAGAGUCAGCAGCCGGUAGACAUGACGCUGCAAUCAAUGAUGUGACCAGACACUGACGCUGCCACAAUGUGCUCGUGGUGGGUCUACGCCAUCACCAUACUCUUUGCCAUGGGGGGCGCGGCGCAGGAGCACGGGCCGAUGUUCCUGCUGGAGCCGCCGGCGCGCCUGCAGUUCUCCAACAGCACGGGCGCGCGCGUGUCGUGCGCGGCGCACGGCUCGCCGCCGCCGCAGCUGGCCUGGCAGCUGCCGGACGGCACGCAGCUCGACGACGUGCCGGGCCUUCGACAAGUGUUGGACAACGGCACGCUGUCGUUCCUGCCGUUCGGCGCGCUGCAGUACCGGCAGGACGUGCACAGCACGGUGUACCGCUGCCGCGCGCACAACUCGCACGGCGCCGUGGUGUCGCGCGACAUGCGCACGCAGGCAGUGUCGGACAACGGCACGCUGUCGUUCCUGCCGUUCGGCGCGCUGCAGUACCGGCAGGACGUGCACAGCACGGUGUACCGCUGCCGCGCGCACAACUCGCACGGCGCCGUGGUGUCGCGCGACAUGCGCACGCAGGCAGUGUCGGACAACGGCACGCUGUCGUUCCUGCCGUUCGGCGCGCUGCAGUACCGGCAGGACGUGCACAGCACGGUGUACCGCUGCCGCGCGCACAACUCGCACGGCGCCGUGGUGUCGCGCGACAUGCGCACGCAGGCAGUGUCGGACAACGGCACGCUGUCGUUCCUGCCGUUCGGCGCGCUGCAGUACCGGCAGGACGUGCACAGCACGGUGUACCGCUGCCGCGCGCACAACUCGCACGGCGCCGUGGUGUCGCGCGACAUGCGCACGCAGGCAGUGUCGGACAACGGCACGCUGUCGUUCCUGCCGUUCGGCGCGCUGCAGUACCGGCAGGACGUGCACAGCACGGUGUACCGCUGCCGCGCGCACAACUCGCACGGCGCCGUGGUGUCGCGCGACAUGCGCACGCAGGCAGUGGUGUGGCAGGAGUGGGACGUGCACGUGUCGGCGACGCCGGCGGCGGCGGGCGGGCCGGCGCUGCUGGCGUGCGUCGCACCGGCAGCGGUGAGGGAGCACGCCUCGGUCGCCGCCUGGUACAGGGACGACGCGGUGCUGUCGGCGGGGGACCAUUUCUCUGGUCCCACGCUGCUGGUGGACGAGGGUUGGAAGCUGAUCGUACGCUCUGUGCGCAUGGAGGACUCGCACGCACAGUACUCCUGCUCUGUGCUGGACUCGCUCACGGGCGAGAGACGCCGGAGCUCUCCCAUCAGCAUCGACGUUACACCGAGCUCGUCAUCGGCGCCGCGCGCGCUGUGGGGCGCGCUGUGGGAGGCGAGCGCGCGGCGCGGGGGGGACGCGGUGCUGCCCUGCCUCGCGCACGCCGACCCGCCGCCCGCCGUCACGUGAGUCUUCUCAUACUGCCUCCGAAGGUGUCUGCUGCAGCGAGCUCGUCGGCGCCGCGCGCGCUGUGGGGCGCGCUGUGGGAGGCGAGC